AUGACGGCGCGCCUCCUGACCUCGCGUCGCGACAUAUACGCUUCCCCCGGUCUCGAGUCUGUGGGCGACCACGGCGGCGAGCGCAUCAACAAGAAAGUCCAGGCCGCCCUCCGCCGCAUGUGUGGUACCGAGUAUGCGGACGUUGUGGAUGCCGAACUGGCAAAGGUCAAGGCCGCUGGGCGUGGGCGUGCCGAUGCAGACAGUGCGCCGCCCAAGAAACGCGUCAAGAAGGAACCGGGAGUCAAGAAGGAGCCAGGCAGCAAGUCCAAACCACCUGUCAAGCAGGAGAAGAGAAGCAGCAGCGAGAGUGACAGCGGAUACCGCACCGGCGAGAGUGACCAGUGA